GAUGAUAGUAUGCAGGUUGAUAUUGAUGAGGACCUACACAGCAGACAACUUCUGGUUUAUGGACGUGAGACAAUGAGACACCUUUUCGCUUCUAAUGUCCUGAUUUCCGGCUUACAAGGACUUGGUGCAGAGAUAGCAAAAAGUCUUAUACUUGCUGGUGUCAAGUCUGUGACUUUGCAUGAUGAAGGCUCAGUGGAGCUCUGGGAUUUGUCCAGUAAUUUUACUUUCUCAGAAAACGAUCUUGGCAAGAACAGAGCUUUUGCAUCCCUCCCCAAGCUGCAAGAGCUCAACCCUGCUGUCCUCGUCUCUGUUUUUCCUUCUAAGUUGACCAAAGAACAACUUUGUAAUUUUCAGGCUGUAGUCUUUACCAAUAUCGACUUGAAAACAGCUAUCGAGUUUGAUGAUUACUGCCACAACCAUCAACCUCCUAUUGCUUUCAUCAAGACCGAAGUCAGGGGACUUUUUGGUAACGUUUUCUGUGAUUUUGGCCCUGAGUUCGUUGUAGCUGAUGUUGAUGGCGAGGAACCACAUACUGGCUUCGUUGCAUCUAUUAGCAAUGGUUACCCCGCUCUUGCAACGUGUGUUAAUGCCGAAAGGUUGGAGUUCCAAGAUGGUGAUCUUGUCAAGUUUUCUGAAAUCCGCGGGAUGGCAGAACUUAAUGAUGGAAAACCAAGAAAGGUCAAAAGCUGUGGGCCUUACUCGUUUCAUCUUGAAGAAGACACCACCAGUUUUGGCACAUAUGCUAAAGGUGGUAUAGUGACCGAGGUCAAACAGUCAAAGGUCCUGAAUUUCAAGCCCUUAAGAGAUGCACUUGAAGCUCCAGGCGAGUUUCUGUUGAGUGACUUCUCUAAGUUUGACCGCCCUCCUCUUUUGCAUCUAGCCUUCCAAGCACUUGAUAAUUUCAUUACUGAUUUUGGGCGGUUUCCGGUUUCUGGCUCAGAAAGUGAUGCACACAAGUUCAUUUCUAUAGCCACCACCAUGAAUGAGAGCUCAGGAGAUGGAAAGUUGGAUGAUCUUAAUCCAAAACUUUUACGAGUUUUUGCUUAUGGGGCGCGAGCUGUGCUUAAUCCCAUGGCUGCCAUGUUUGGUGGCAUAGUUGGUCAAGAGGUUCUCAAGGCAUGCUCUGGAAAGUUCCAUCCACUUUUCCAGUUCUUUUACUUUGACUCGAUUGAGUCACUUCCCACUGAACCGGUGGAACCAAGCGAGUAUACGCCUUUGAACAGUCGUUAUGAUGCCCAAAUUUCAGUAUUUGGAGCUAAAUUCCAGAAGAAAUUGGAAAGCAUCAAGUCUUUUGUUGUAGGAUCCGGCUCUUUGGGUUGUGAAUUUUUGAAAAAUUUAGCCUUGAUGGGUGUUUCAUGUGGCACUCAAGGGAAAUUGACAGUCACUGACAACGAUGUCAUCGAGAAAAGUAAUCUCAGCCAACAAUUUUUAUUUCGUGACCGGAAUAUUGGGCAUGCAAAAUCCAGUGUUGCCGCCUCUGCAGCUGCAUUGAUCAACCCUAAUUUUCAGAUCGAAGCAUUGCAGAAUCGUGUGGGUGCACAGACCGAAAACAUCUUUGAUGACGCCUUCUGGGAGAAUUUAAAUGUUGUCAUUAAUGCAGUAGACAAUAUUGACGCGAGGCUUUAUGUUGACAGCAGAUGCUUAUAUUUUCAAAAGCCGCUUAUAGAGUCUGGUACACAUGGUGCUAAAUGCAACACUCAAAUGGUUAUUCCACACUUGACUGAAAGCUAUGGGGCCUCUGUGGACCCACCAGAGAAUCAAGUACCCACGUGGGUUGUGCACUCGUUCCCAUAUAAGAUUGACCACUGUCUAAUCUGGGCGAAGUCAGAAUUCGAACUGCAACUUGAGAAAACGCCAGCAGAAGUCAACGCCUGUCUCUUGAAUCCUGGUGUAUAUGCAUCAAUGAGGAAUACUGCUCAGGCUCGUGAUAAAUUACAACGGGUUUUCGAGUGUCUUGACAAGGAAAAAUGUGAAACAUUUCUAGAUUGCAUCAGUUGGGCACGCCUAAGGUUUGAGGAUUACUUCUCCAAUUGUGUGAAAGACUUGAUAUUUACAUACCCAGAAGACAGCGUGGGUGAUACUGGAACUCCAAUUUGGACAGCACCAAAGCGUUUCCCAUGCUCUCUCGAGUUCUCUGUAUCUGAUUCGAGCCAUCUAAGUUUUGUUAUGGCUGGCUCUAUACUUCGUGCACAAACAUUUGGCAUCUCUGUUCCGGAUUGGGCUAAAAAUCCUAAGAAAUUGGCUGAGGCUGUUGAUCAGGUGUCUAUCCCUGAUUUCCAUCCAAUGCAAGGUGUUGGAAAUAUGAUUAAUGAUGGUGCAGUGAUUGAGGAAUUAAUCGAGAAGAUAAAACAGCGGAGAAUGUUUCUUCCAUCUGGAUAUACCAUGAUGCCUAUUGAGUUUGAGAUGGCUGAUGACACAAAUUACCAUAUGGAUUUCAUUGUUGGACUUGCAAACAUGAGAGCAAGGAAUUAUGGAAUCGUGGAAGUUGACAAGUUGAAAGCCAAGUUUAUAGCUGGAAGAAUUAUCCCUGCAAUUGCUACCUCGAAAGAAAUGGCCACUGGUCUAGCGUGUCUCGAGCUAUACAAGGUCAUUGACGGGGGACACAGAGUGCAAGACUAUCGUAAUACUUUUGCCAAUCUGGCACUCCCUUUUUUUUCCCUGGCAGAGCCGGUCCUACCUAAAGUCAUUAAGCACCGGGACAUGAAGUGGACAGAGUGGGACAGGUGGACUAUCGAGGGCAACCCUACAUUGAGGGAACUUAUCAAAUGGCUUGCAGAUAAGGGACUUGAUGCUUAUUCCAUUUCUUUUGGAAGGUGGAUGUUGUACAUGAGUAUGAAUCCUGAUCACGAACCUCGAAUGGAUAGGAAGAUGGUGGAUUUGGCCCAGGAUGCAUCUAAAAUAGAGAUUCCACCCUGUCGUCGCCAUUUGGAUUUGAUUGUCGCUUGUGAAGAUGAAGAGAGCAAUGAUAUUGAUAUCCCCUGUUUAUCUGUGUACUUCUAA